AUGCAGAACAAGCCGCUCUCCAUCUCCGUUAUCACGAUCGCGUCUAUCAUUGGCCUCGUCGUUCUCAUGAUCAUUGCGACCUGGGCCAUCCGGCGCCGUCAGCAUAACAAGCUUCACGAUGAGGCAGCGGAGUUCAGGACCGAGGAUCUCGUCGGCGGCGGCCACGGGCACGAUGACAUCGAGAAGGGUAGCCAGGGCAUAUUCACCCACACCAACGACGACGUCGUCAACAAGGUCGAGACGGCAGCUGGCGCACGGCCGGUGCACCGCGUACCGACAAACCGUAGUACGGCGACCACCACAACUGAAACCUACAUCAACCACGCCUACUACCCGAACUUCGACCUGCAGAAAACGGGGUAUGGCACAUCGCAGGGCUACGACAUCCCCAAGGCGCACGAGGAUGCGCUCAUGGCGGUACCGCAGUUACCGGGACACCCUCACUACGACGGGCACGACUACGCCGACCUCCAUCGUCAGGCCACCGGCGCGUACCGUCCUGGGAACCCCAGUUCCGCCUCAGAGAGCACCCAGCCCGUUUAUCGCAACGUUGCUCCAAUCUACGAUCAUCACGCCGCCCAGCAGCCCUUUCCUGUGCGCUCUCCCUCUCCUGCCUACGACCCGAUGAACCAGUACCCGCAACACCGGCAACUGACCUCUGCCCCACCUUCGUUCUUGACUAUCGACGUGAACGCGGCUUCGGCACCCAUGUUCGGCCCCAGCUCCGCACUGUCAUUCACGGGAGCCCCUCUGCGACCUGCUGAGGCGGUGAACCCGGCAAACCCUCCUCCAGCUGUCCCCGCCGAGUCGCCGCAGACCUCGAUCUCACGACGUUCGUCUCUGCUGAACGGGCCCGUCGCACCCGUCGCGCCGAAGACGCCUAAGGACACAACGAAAAAGACUUCGUCGCACUCCAAGGCACUUGACCCAUCCAUCCCGCCCGUCCCCGUAGCCCCUCCUCUGCCCGAUGAGUUCGGCAAUACCGAACUGAAUGGCGAGCCACGCGAGUUGAAGAUUAUGAACGUCUGA